UUAAAUACGAUCGGGUUCGGUGGUCCGAUAUUGAUAGAAAUCUGAAGUUUCCCGAAAAAAUAAAAAUAAAAGAAAAUGGCUUCAAAAAAGAAAAGAGUGGAAGAUGUCGCGAAAGACGAUGAAAUGUCGGACCAGAGUGAUGCAGAAGACAUGGAAGAGGACACAGAGAUAGAGAUCAAAGAGGAGAUCCAAGUUGAUUUCGAAGCAAGAGUACCCGAGGGAAGUGAUUUCCAUGGAAUUAGAACCCUUUUACAACAGUUAUUUUUGAAAGCCAACAUUAACCUAUCAGAAAUGGCAGACAUCAUUAUUUCCCAAGGACAAGUUGGCAGUGUCGUAAAGCAAUCCUAUGUUCCAGAAGAAGAUGAGGAUGAUGAGGAGAUGGCAGAAGAUGACCCAGUCCUCGCUGUUACUUCAGUUAUCAACAUCACAGACAAAAAGGAUAUGGAGUGUGUAAAGCAGGUCCGUUCCAUGCUGAUAGAUCAGUGUCAGAAGUGUGGAGGGGAUCCAAGAUUUAGCAAGGUGCUCAAUGAUGGGGGCCACCAUGUGGGGCUGCUGGUCAGUGAGAGAUACAUCAACAUCCCCCCACAGUUAGCUGUCCCCAUGUUUGAAUCAUUGUUAAAAGAAGUGGAGAAAUGCAAAAAUAAGAAAAUGAAGUAUGACUUUGCCUACUACAUUCUUGUAUGUAAAACGUACAGACAGAAAGGCCAGAAGAACAGUCCCUUGUUUUACACUAAUGCAGAGGAAGAAUUUCUACAGGAGGUGAGUGAAACCAGUUUCCAGUACUCGGUGCAGGCGGAACGCGACACAGUGGUAGCUGGUUCCUGGGAUGCAGAGGACCAGUUUGAGGCUUUUCGGACUGUGUUGUUGAUCUCUGCAGACAAACUCAAACAAGGAGUAGACAAAAUUAAAACAGAACUUGCUACACGAUAAAGAAAUAAAACUGAAAAAAAGGAUUUACUUGGUUUUCAUU